GCACAUUUUAUAAUUGUAUAUUUAUACAUCCAUCUUGUCAUUCUUACAAAAUGUCGAAAGUAAAGAAUGCUAAAAAGAGAGCUAAACGGGCCAAGCAGCGCGCACAGAACGAGCUUUGCGCUGUUGCUAGUGGCAAUAGUCAACAGUCUGAAACAUCAUCUCAAACUGUGGCACCUUCAGCUUCAUCACAAUCUCCACUUUUAGUCUCGUCACAGAACCCCUCAUUCGUCUCAACCCCUCCACCAACAACUGUGCAUCUGGAUCUUCACGAGGAUAAGAAGGGCAAGAAGAAGCAAAACACGCCUCCUACUAUAGCUUCCUCAACAAGCGCUAAAGAGACGCCCUCAUCUUCGGAAACAUGUAGAAAACUCACUUCUGAUCCAUCGUCAUUAUCGCAACAAAAGCCAUCAAUAACGAAUCCUACCAAUGAUUCUAAAGCGUCUUGCAGUUACACAUCAACUCUGGAUGACAAAGCGCUCGAGUUGUUUGUAGCAAAGGAGGCUGAAUCAGAGGUAGAGCGACUGCAGAAAUUAGUAGUGAGGUUGCAAAAGGAGAUUGAGUAUAAAGAUGCUAUUAUCGCAAAACUACGGUCUACAGAGGUAGAAGCUGGAGGAGAGUCAACUACUAGACCAGCCGCAGUAGAUGUAGUCGAUCAUACCACUAGCGGUGACUCAAAUGCUCAAAUAACCUCAAUAAGGCUACAGCAGCAACAAAAGCGCGAUAUGGCACUGCAGUGCAGCAUCUGUGUCGAUUACUUUUCAUCACCUUUUACGAUCGAAUGCGGCCAUACUUUCUGCUAUGCCUGCUUGCACUCAUGGAUCGAAAUCCACAAGUCAUGUCCAACAUGUCGGACUAAAUUAUUACGGAGACCAACUUUUUCGCUCAACAUUCGUGAGCAAGUCCAGAACUCAAUUGCCGGGCUCCUGGAGCCUGAACGUAAAGCUACCAUGGCGAGGAUAGAGGCAGAUGAAAAUAGUUUCAAACGUAUUCAAAAACAGGGCGAUAUCUGGGCAGGGCUGUUCAGGCCCCUCAGUCUUGAUGGACUUGGUAGCGGUACUGUUAUUGAUAAAGAGGAUGGUGUGAGACGUUGUGCAGUAUGUGGAUGGGAAGUUAGAAGGGGAGUAUGUGUCAACUGUAGUACAUUAUUUAGUGGCGACGAGGAUUCUGAUACAGUUGACAACCAUAGCGAUUUUGAUGACGAAUAUAGCAGAGCGAGGAGUCGCCGUAUCAAACGCGGAGUAUCACGAUCCAAGCGGCCCUCCACACGGAUCAGAACAAGAGGGUCACACAACAGAAGACUAAGCAAGGUGUCUCCAACAAUCGUUCAGAUUUCGGAUGAUAGCGAAUCAGAACAGAGGGAUAAAGGUGGUACUGAUAAAGAGGAGAGGGGAAAAGAUUCUGAAAGGAGCAAGGGUACUGAAGAAGUAAAAGAAGAUGAGAGUACUGUAGUUGCCGCAAUGUCAGCUAAUCGGUCUAAAGGCUUGCUCCAGCGAAAGAGGCGUGCCAUAUGUAUCUCGGACGAUGACGACGAACUGAAGGACGCCAAAGGAAACGAUAACAAGAGUGGAGCUGGAGAGGGUAUUAGCAGUAAUGGUGGUAGCACUAGCAGGCUUAAGGGCGUGAAAAGGGGUAAACUCGCAAAACAAGUCGUAUUUGAUAGUGAGUCUGAAGAAUUAUUGGUUAAAAAUAAGGACAGGAAACAGAAGCAGAACAAAGGAGUCGGCAAGGGAAAGAGCAGGGCUGAAGAGAGCAGUGAUGAUAUGGAUGAUACUGGUGAUAGCGAUAAUACGGAUGGUACUGAUGAUAGCGAUGAUGACUUUUUUAAAUCGUCAUCCUCACUGCGACGGAAGAAAAAUCAUCGUAGUGCUAAUCUGGAAGCAUUGUUUACAUAG